AUGUCUCUGGUAAAGAUUUGUCUCGACGUCCCUGACACAAUUUGUCCACAUUUAUACGGACCGUACGAGGGCACUGACACCGAGGAACACAUUCCAGACCCAAAGUCCUGCUCUGCCGCAGUCGAUGCUUGCAUUGCGAGAUUCGAGAAAAUUGACGUCCUCUUCCACAACGCAGCAAUGCUGAGCCCGAUCGUCCCUGUAGUCGAACACGACGUCGACGUCUUCAACAAAGUCAUCAUGACCAACCUCUGUGGCGCGUUUUACCUUGCCAAAGCCGUCAUUCCGCACAUGAAAAAGGCAGGAAAGGGAGUGAUUGUGAACACGGCCAGUGUCUCUGGCAUUGGUGGAGAUUAUGGCCUGUCUUCCUACAAUGCCGCAAAAGGCGGACUGGUCAACCUGACGCGGACCAUCGCCAUAGACCAUGCGAGGGACGGGAUCCGUGCGGUCACAGUCUGUCCCGGGUUUAUGGAAACUCCAAUGACGGAAGGGACCCUAAAGAACGAACAAUUGAGAGAAGAGUUGUUUGAGAGCAUCCCCAUGAACCGUGGAGGGCAUCCGAACGAGGUAGCUCGGCUGGUUCUUUUCCUGGCCUCAGACGAAGCAUCUUACAUUACUGGACAUCCGUUUAUCGUCGACGGUGGAUGGAUUGCUCGUAAUCCAAGUCCAAAUUGGCCAAAGUACAUUGGCGAAGCCUGA